AUGAAAGCCAAUCCUGACAAAGCCGCUGCAGCCACUGAAGGCUCACCACAACCAACGACGGCAGCGACAGCCGCAGCAGCAGCAGCAGCAGCAGAACCAGAACCAGCCGCUGAUCAUGCAAUCUUCACAGUCAUAAACAGUGACGGCACGACUUCCUACUAUACAAGCAACGGUGAUUUGAUCGACGGUGAGAUCUCAAGACCCACCGAGGCCACAAAGGAAGUCACCGACAGCGACCGCGUCACAGCAAAGGGCACACUCAAUCUACGCUCCAAGAAGACCGAGAGAAUGAAGCGAAAGCUUGAGAAGAAGAAUGCAAAGUCUUCCGCUCGCCGGGUGACCCAGCUCCUCGACCUUCCAAACGAGACUCUUACAGACAUCAUCAGCCACAUGCUCCCCAGCGAGGUCUAUAAGACUGCCCAGACCUGCAAGACGCUCCACGAGCUCAUCCAACACAAUGAGAAAUUACUCUCGCGCAGAAUAAUUUCUCAGCGGUACCCCAUUCUUGCGAAAUGCUUCCGGCUCCCAGUCAUACUCGAUGAGAUCGACCCCGAGCUUCACCCGGUCCUCCAGAAUAGCGCCAGAAUCGAGAUGCUCGGCGUCCACCGGCGAUACGUACACGUUCCUCAACCCGAGCCCUACAUCUUGUGCACCUGCCUCACCUGUGUUCUGCGCUGGCAGGCCUGCUGCGUCAUCGUCGACUUUGACAAGUGGCGGCCCAAUCUCGACUCGGGAGUCCCCAUCACAAACAUGCGCCGGGGACAAGAUGCAGGAUGGAACAUGGUAUGGAAGGAUAGAAUCACCGACAUCGUCCUCCAAGCAGUCCGCUCCCCGCUCGCCCACGCUCAUAUGCUCGAAAUCCAUCUCAACAACACCUGUGCCGCGGUCAAGAGACAGAGCGAGAACAAGGGCAACAAGCGCCGCCACUUCAAAAUGUCUAGGGCCGAUGUGGAGUCACAGACCGACGCCUUCCUGGAAGGAUACGGACAGCCCACUAUCGACCUCCCCUACUCGCGGGACAACUACUACAUGCUUGAGGCGUACAUGCCCGGAAGAACCUGGCUCAAAGACGAUGAGAAAUGGGUGUACAUCCCGCCGGACUUUCACGACCGAGACCUCGACUGGGUGGCGAAGCGAUGGGGCCCGGAAUGGGGUAUCCCAAGCGGUGAGUGGGGGACCUUCAGUGCGAAGUUCGCCAAGGGACCAGCUUAG